ACACACGCAUAUAAAAUUACAAAUCUCUCGUUACUCAAAAAUUUGACGUGGAAUCAGGUCUUCGAAAUUGGACUUCUGGUUUUGGACACCUGAUUUCUGUUGGUUACAUUACAUUUCGUUACGCUCUAAUAGGGGGAGAGAUAGAGUGGUGUUAUAAUAAUAAGAAGAAGAAUGGGGUGUUCAUUUUCUGGUUACGCACUUUACGAUUCCGUUAACGGAGGCGGAGAUGUUUGGAUCAACGAGAACCGGUUCCGUAUCGUCAGGCAGCUCGGUGAAGGUGGCAACGCCUAUGUCUUCCUCGUCAAGGACGUUCCCGCCGACAACAUCUCCGGCGGUUUCUCCUCCAAGCUCAAACAGUCCUCUCACAUUUCCGAGGACGGAACAUAUGCUAUGAAAAAGGUCCUCAUCAAGAGCAAUGAGCAGCUGGAGUUGGUCAGGGAGGAGAUCCGUGUUGCAUCACUGUUCAACCACCCAAAUCUGCACCCGCUUCUCGAUCAUGCAAUCAUUUCUGUCAAGCCUACUCCACAAAAAUCUUGGAACCACGAGGCAUACUUGUUAUUUCCACUUCGUUUGGAUGGAACACUGCUAGAUAAUACCAAGACAAUGCAAGCCAGGAAGGAAUCCUUUCCUACCUCUGAUGUUCUUCAAAUCUUUCAACAGCUUUGUGCAGGACUCGAGCAUAUGCAUGGUUUAGAUACUCCAUAUGCUCAUAAUGAUGUCAAACCUGGUAAUGUUCUCAUAACACAUAGAAAAGGACAACCGCCUCUUGCCAUACUCAUGGAUUUUGGCAGUGCUCGUCCUGCCAGGAAGCACAUUGGUUCCAGAUCAGAGGCACUCCAGUUGCAGGAAUGGGCAGCUGAACACUCUUCUGCCCCUUUCCGAGCUCCGGAGCUGUGGGAAUGCCCAAGCCAAGGUGAUAUAGACGAGAGGACUGGGAUUGCUGUGCGGCCCCGGAUAGAUGAUAUUGUUAUUCAUGUUGAUAAGUUGAUUGCAAAGUUCUCUGGUUGAGUUACUUUGGGAGAGAUUUAAGAGAACAGUUGAGGCAUCGUUACACAUUGCAGUUGUUAAAAUUUCAUGUGCCUCCCCUAUCUAUUGAGAUAGAUAGAAAAUGAAUAGUUCCCUGCCUUAGUUUUUAUGUGUAUCUUUACAAUUUUUUUGUGGUAGUCUAGGUAGUCGGGCAUUGGGCUUAAUUAUUAUUUCGGUAAUUUAUACAUAAUUUUGUCUAUUGUAAUUUAUGAAAUGGCCAGUCUCCCUGUAAUCUUCUUCAGGAUUCAUGCGCAUAAAUGGCAUAUGGUUUAUUUACUUA